AUGCGGGCGAACGAACCACGCAAAAAUGUUGCCGUAAUUGGCACAGGGAUGGCUGGACUUGUGAUCGCAUAUAUACUUAGUAACGAUCCUCGGGGGAGAUUCGACGUGGAAGUAUUCGAAAAGCAAGACAAACUUUCGCUCGACUCCGCGUCAUACAAUCUCACAAACCAGGAUGGUGAAGGCGCAAAGCCUGAACGCCUCGAUCUCCCCAUGCGCACAUUCGCCGACGGAUACUACGAAAGUCUCAAGCGAAUGUACGAUUAUUUCGGUAUCCCAUACCGCUCGUUAAGGUUUAUUUACUCCCUGUCGACUCUACCAGACAGUGCGACAAAACAAGCCUCUCCAUACUACAUGCAUUCCUCAAAUAACCACCAAUUACCUCCCCUGCGCCCGGAGGGCUUACCGUGGACCGGGUGGCUGAUUGAGGUGUGCUACCUGGCGAUAUGCUAUUAUUGGUUCAAAGCCUGCUGCUUCUUUGUGGCGCCGAAAACGCUAGAGUCAUCCGGCACGGAGGAAUCUCUACGUCAAUAUGUGGAGAGAAUCAUGUUGCCCAGGUACUAUGUGAAGAACUACUUCCUGCCAGUCUUCGCGAGCGUCGCGACUUGUUCACACGACGCGCUAAUGGAUUUCCCGGCUCUUGAUCUGGUCGGGUAUGGAAGACGAACCUUCCGUAAGAAGCACUACACUGUUCUUGGUGGAGUUCAGCAUGUCGAGAAAAAACUGUCCGAAGACUUGAUAUACAAACUUGGUAUGAAGGUCACGGCGGUCGAGAACGUCGGGACAAAAGUUCAAGUGAGCUGGACAGAUACCCGUGAUGGUCAGAGCAGCUCACGGCUCUUUGACCAUGUCGUUCUGGCUGUGACGCCUGAUGUGGUUGGCGCGAUUUUCCAGCCUCUCCGAAGCGCAAUGAAGGCCGUUCCCACAACCACCGUUCAAUCCAUUGUGCAUCGCGACUUUUCCCGCAUUCGGGAUUCUAGCAAAUCCCUCUGGGCACAAGUUUCUUUGAACCCCGGCGAAUCUGCACCUCACCCACUCCACAUGUGUUCAGAUGCUACGGCGACCGAAACUAUCCAUGAACACCCGUCAUCUGCUCUAAUCACGACUUAUCCCAUUGCUCCGAUUGACCCUGAGAAGGUCUUGCACUCGGCCACAUUUACUCGUGUUCUUCGAUCGUCCACCAGCAGACAAACCAUCAACCAGAUCUUCAGCCAGAAGAGGUCUACAGAGGACAAGAGCCAGCUUUGGCGGAAUGGAGAUGGAAACGUCUGGCUCGUUGGUGGUUGGUGCUGGGACGGGAUGGUUCUGCUUGAGGGAUGUCUCGCUUCCGCGACAAGGGUGGCCAACGCCCUGGAUGUCCAGGUGCCUUGGAUGAAAGAGUCCUCUAUAUAA